UCUCUUCCUCCUCCCUUCGCCCAUCCCACGAUGUCCUACACCACCACAUCUCGCCGCCACGACUCAAUCUCCCGCGGGAACUACACACCCAAUCCCAGCGGCACAGCGACCUUCUUCCUCGGCCGCCUCGCCGACCCUUUCAUCCAGUAUGGAUUUCUCGCGAAGAACUGGGGCAACCCGAUCAUCACGCGUCUAGGCGGCAAGAGCCUUCCCGCCGGCCCAGCUUGGAUUACACAUACGCCCUUUGACCGACUCGGACUCUCACCCUAUCGGAGCAUCAUGUUCCUGAUGUCGGUGGGAAGUGUAUUGAAGCAGAACUACCACCUGUCCGUGGUGAUGCAAGAGCAAGUGUCCGUCGGGUUGGGGUUGCAAAAUGCUGUGGGCAAUGCAUUCGGGAAUGCGCUGAAUUCAAUCCUGUUUGUCUGCGCGCAGACGUCGGCGAGUGUGAAUGGAGAACAUUUCCCGCAGACGCCGUUGAUUGUUGGCUCGGCGUUGUACGUGACUGGUAUGGCCAUCGAGGUAGUGUCGGAGCAACAGAGGUACUUGUGGAAGAAGAGGAGGGAGAACAAGGGAAAGGUGUAUGGAGGUGGACUUUUCAGUCUGGCGAGGCACGUCAACUACUUUGGUUUCGGGCUUUGGAGGGUGGGAUAUGCGCUUGCUGCGGGUGGGUGGUUGUGGAGUGCCAUCACUGGUGCAUUGGUGGCAUAUCAGUUUGGGAAGAACAUUGUACCAGUGCACGAGCAUUAUCUGCAGGAAAAGUAUGGCGAACAGUACAAGCACUACGAGCGAGCGACGCCGUGCAAGGUGGUGCCCUUCCUUUACUAG